AUGGCCUCUCCAUUGGACGCUCGCGCACCUCGCACACCUCGCACACCUCCACCUCCACCGGCGACUUUUUCUGAUACGGCCGAGGGUCCGGCUGAGGGUCCCAACUCCCAAGUGCCGCUCGGCAAUGGCGCCGACUGCCGCAAUACUAAACGAGCGGACCUCCCUCCAUCUCGGCAACGCGGCUCCCAGCCCACAUUGAAACAUCCCCAAGAUUCGCCUGCGCCCGGCCCAUCGGGUUUUACGUCAGGAAACGAGGGCCCUGCCGGCGAUGCAUCCGACCGCCCUGGCCCCGGACGAGCCGGACUACUUGAGCAGGAUAGAGGCGGUUGA